CCCCCCCCCCCCCCCCCUCCGCGCGCGCGCGGCGCUGAGGCGGCCCCGGCCCGGCCGCGGAGCCCCCGGGACCCCCGGCCAUGGAGGGCAUGGACGUGGACCUGGACGCGGAGCUCAUGCAGAAGUUCAGCUGCCUCGGCACCACCGACAAGGACGUGCUGAUCGGCGAGUUCCAGCGCCUGCUCGGCUUCCAGCUCAGCCCCGCCGGCUGCGCCUUCUUCCUCGACAUGACCAACUGGAAUCUACAAGCUGCCAUUGGAGCCUACUAUGAUUUUGAGAGUCCAAAUAUCAAUGUCCCCUCCAUGUCGUUUGUGGAAGAUGUCACCAUAGGUGAAGGAGAGUCCAUCCCUCCUGAUACCCAGUUUACAAAAACAUGGAGGAUACAGAAUACAGGGACAGAGGCGUGGCCCCCAGGGGUUUGCCUGAAGUACGUCGGUGGAGACCAGUUUGGCCACGUGAACAUGGUGAUGGUGAGGUCCCUGGAGCCGCAGGAGAUGGCUGAUGUCAGCGUGCAGAUGUGCAGCCCCAGCACCGCCGGAAUGUAUCAGGGCCAGUGGCGGAUGUGCACUGCCACGGGACUCUACUACGGAGAUGUCAUCUGGGUGAUCCUCAGCGUAGAAGUUGGAGGACUUCUGGGUGUCACACAGCAGCUGUCAUCCUUUGAAACAGAGUUCAACACGCAGCCGCAUCGCAAGGUAGAAGGAAACUUUAACCCAUUCGCCUCUCCACAGAAGAACAGGCAACCAGAUGAAAACAACCUAAAAGACCCUGGGGGUUCCGAGCUAGGCACAAUCAGCAAAAACACAUGGGGGCCUGCUCCUGACCAAAUCGAACAAGAUCAGAAUGGACUGUCACAAAACUCUGUAAAUCUCUCCCCCAGCAGUCACUCGAACAACUUGUCGGUAGUGACGUACAGUAAGGGUUUCCACGGUCCUUAUCACUUCGGACAGUCUUAAAACACAAAAACACAAAACAGGUAUCGACAAGAGGAGAAUUUAAGAAAAAGCUGACUUUGGGGGGAAGGGAGGGGGAUUCAUGUGGCAGACAGACACAGCGUGGACCCCCCUUCUCUGCCUCUGUGUUCUGGAAAAGAAGAAAAAACAAAAGCCCAGUAACUUAAGACUAGCUGUUUCCAGAGGAAAAUCCAAAACCUGAGUAUGCAUGUGUGACUGCUGGAUUUCAGAGUGGUGUAAAUGCUAUGAGGAAGAAGAGACACCAACACUAUGGGUUUUUAGAAAUCAUCACACGUAAUUAGGUAGCUUAAAAAAAAGUUUAAAAAUGAAAAUUUAAAAGCCAUCUUUAAAAAAGAAUAUUUUGCCUACAGAGCGGUUGUAGUUUGAGCAAAUGUUUAAUUUCUGUUUGUUUCUUGUUCUUUUUUUUUUUGUUUUUUUCCUAAGGGACAGCGUGCAUUUUCCCAGAAUGUCCUGGUUUGCUGCAGAACAGGACUGGCUCAGCACCUGCUGGGGUUUGUGCAGGGACUGCUUCUGUCAGGCUUUUUUAAUGCCAGGUUGGGUCUGCACCCAGCACUGCAUUUUUAACAGCAUCUGCUGGUUUUAAUUACCAACUUUUUAAUCUUUUAUUUCUUCUUUUCCUUUUGGUUUGGGUGUUGCUGUUAAGUUGUCCUGCGUGUCGUUGGGAACCACACUAUGGACAGGCAUCAGAGUUGGAGAGGGAGACUCUGGGACUUCUGGGAUAACAUGGAGGGCUCAUCUCCCUUCCCCCUUGUACAUGAAGUACACAAAUACACACCCAUGUUAAUAAGAAACUGAUUUAUUCAA